AUGGCUGGGUCUGCCAUCCACACCGCCCCCAUGCUGUUCCUUGCCCUCCUGCUGCCCCUGGAGCUGAGCCUGGCAGGCGCCCUUGCACCUGGGACCCCUGCUCGGAACCUCCCUGAGAAUCACAUCGACCUCCCAGGCCCAGCACUAUGGACGCCUCAGACCAGCCACCACCGCCGGCGGGGCCAGGGCAAGAAGGAGUGGGGCCCAAGCCUACCCAGCCAGGCCCAGGAUGAGGCUGUGGUCACCGCCACCAAGCAGGCCUCCAGGCUGCCAGAGGCUGAGGUGCCGCUGCCUGAGCAGAGUCCUGCAGGCCUCUUGCGGGACAAGGACCUGCUCCUGGGGCUGGCAUUGCCUUACCCCGAGAAGGAGAACCGACCUCCAGGUUGGGAGAGGGCCAGGAAACGCAGCAGGGAGCACAGGCGGCACAGGGACAGGCUGAGGCUGCACCGAGGCCGAGCGUUGGUUCGAGGUCCCAGCUCCCUGAUGAAGAAGGCAGAGCUCUCCGAAGCCCAGGCGCUGGACGCGGCCAUGGAGGAAUCCUCCACCAGCCUGGCCCCCACCAUGUUCUUCCUCACCACCUUUGAGGCAGCACCUGCCACAGAAGAGUCCCUGGUCCUGCCCAUCACCUCCCUGCGGCCCCAGGCACAGCCCAGGCCUGACGGGGAGGUGAUGCCCACGCUGGACAUGGCCUUGUUCGACUGGACUGAUUAUGAAGACUUAAAACCUGAUGGCUGGCCCUCUGCAAAGAAGAAAGAGAAACACCGGGGAAAGCUCUCCAGUGACGGUAACGAAACAUCACCAGCUGAAGGGGAUCCGUGCGACCAUCACCAAGACUGCCUGCCAGGGACUUGCUGCGACCUGCGGGAGCAUCUCUGCACACCCCACAACCGAGGCCUCAACAACAAAUGCUUCGACGACUGCAUGUGUGUGGAAGGGCUGCGCUGCUAUGCCAAAUUCCACCGGAACCGCAGGGUUACACGGAGGAAAGGGCGCUGCGUGGAGCCCGAGACGGCCAACGGCGACCGGGGAUCCUUCAUCAACGUCUAGCACCCCGCGGGACUGGGGACUGAGCCCAGGAAGUUUGCACAAGCUGGGCGAUUUGUUUAUAACUAGCAAUGGGAGAUCAAGUAGGGGAACGGAUGGCUGAGGCUGCAGGCUCAGGCCCAGGACACUCAACCCCAGGAGCGGAGCCGCUCCGCGAACGACCUGGAUGGACGCCCAGCAGCCGGCCCGCAGCACCUGCACACCCACAGUCUGGACCCACGCAGCCUCCAUCCCGGGUGUCCUGUUCUCCGUGAUGGCAAUGCCGAGAGUGCCCUCUACUGUCCGAUUCCAGCACUGCAACAGCUUCAGGUUCAAAACCCAAGAGGCGUUUUUGAGAGUGGAAAAGAAAUUUAAACUCCCCGAAAGUAGGUCCACUGGCAGGAGAGGAAUAUGGAACACCUCCUAUGUACUGUGUAAUCCAGGGCUUAGCACAGUGCUAAGCCCCGGAUUACUUUAUCUCAUUGAAGUAUCACAACGACAUUUUUAAGCAGGUAUUAUCACCAUGCCACAGGUGAGGACCCUGAGGCACGCUGGAGUUGUUUGACUUGACUUGUCCAGACUCCCAGGUCAAUGCUUCUCAAACCUGAACAUGCUAAGAGUAACGUGGUGGCCCAGUUAAAAAUGUAUAUCUGGCUGGGCAUGGUGGCUCACCCCGUAAUCCCAACACUUUGGGAGGUGAGGCGGGUGGAUCACCUGAGGUCAGGAGUUCCAGACCAGCCUGGCCAACAUGGUAAAGCCCUAUCUCUACUAAAAAUACAAAAAUUAGCCAGGCGUGGUGACAUACGCCUUUAAUUACAGCUACAUGGAGGCUGAGG